UGACGUUGGUCGAUUUAUCCACAACUUGAUUUGAGCAUUGAGCAUUCCGUAUCACAUAGGACGCCAUCAGUGGCAGGGCCGGCGACAUGGCAGAAUCCGAGCCUGACCACUGUAUCGCCUUAAAAACCUUUGAAGCGCUACUGGAUCUCUUCCGAAGAUUACCGCCUAACAAAGUGGAAGAGAACCUCAAUACUCUUUGUGAUGUUUGUCCAGAGUAUGCAGAUGAUCUAUGGGGCAAUGUCGAUCAGCCACUGCAAGUUAUGAAGGAUGAGGAGAAUGGACGUGAUUUCCUAUGUUGCGAUUACAACCGGGAUGGAGAUAGUUUCAGAUCCCCUUGGUCCAACACCUACAUUCCCGAGGCGACUGGUGGACCGACGCCCUCUUCAAGACUGAGACAAAUUGAGACAUCCCUCAAUUCGGCUUUUGACACCUAUCGCGAGAUGUACUUUGAAGGAGGUGUCAGCUCAGUGUACCUAUGGGAUCUGGAUGAGAUGUCACAGGACGGGAAGGAGAUGUCCUUUGCGGGUGUGGUUUUGUUGAAAAAGGUCCUCUCGUCCUCUGGUACUUCGGGAGCACCGACCGGUUCGUGGGAUUCUCUACACGUAUUUGAAUGUCAUGAACGGGGUCGAUCGGCAAAGUAUAAAUUGACUUCGACCGUCAUGCUGUCAUUGGGCACCCAGAUGCCGUCCAAGAUUGAGGUCAAGGGCCUGGAGGACGCCAAAGGGGAUAGUGAGGUGACUCUCAGCGGGAGCAUGACGAGGCAGGCCGAGACCGACUACCCGUUGCCAAAUGCUGCUGCACACAUACCGAGCAUCGGCCGCAUGGUCGAGGACAUGGAAAUCAAGAUGCGCAAUCUGCUCUCCUCGGUUUACUUUGGCAAGACGAAAGAUGUCAUCAAUGAGCUGCGCAGUCAAAGUGGGCUACAAGCGAAAUCAGCAGAAGAAAUGCUCAGGUCAGAAUUGGCCAGUAAACUCGCUGGACGAAAGGGCUGAUCAGGGGGGAAUCCAAAAUGGUCA